AUGUUACGCCAAUCCCUCAGACCAGCAUCUAGACUUCUUUCCAGAAGCUGUAUUCGUACAUCGGUGCGUUUCAACUCUGCUGCCGCUGAAAAGGCUGCUGUCGACCCAAAGAUCUCCGCCAUUGUCGACCAAAUCUCCACAUUGACCUUGUUGGAAACUUCGUCUUUGGUCUCUGAGCUCAAAGAAAGAUUGAAUAUCUCCGACAUUGCUCUUCCCGCUGCUGGUGCUGCCCCAGCUGCCCCAGCUGCUCCUGUCGAGGAGGAGGUGAAGGAGGUCGUUGAAGAGAAGACCAUCUUCGCUAUCAAGUUGCAAGAGUUCGACGCCAAGUCCAAACCAAAGAUCAUUAAGGAAGUCAAGGGCUUGUUGGGCUUGUCCUUGGUUGAGUCUAAGAAGUUCGUCGAAGCCGCUCCAAAGGUUUUGAAGGACAAUGUUGCCAAGGAAGAUGCUGAAAAGAUUAAGGCCAGCUUGGAAGCUUUGGGUGCUAAGGUCGUCUUGGAGUAG